AUGCUUGGAUGGUAUAUGGGCACUUUGGCUGAUCCAACAUGAAUCACCCAUCCUUAAUUGCCCUUGAGGUGACCUCUGACUGGGAUAUGCAAGAGGGCACAGGCUGUACAGAAGGUCACACAGGAACCUCGGCUGCUGCCCCACUCGCUGCGGGAAUGAUUGCUCUGAUGCUUCAGGUUCGUCCAUGUCUGACGUGGAGGGACGUUCAACAUAUCAUUGUCUUCACAUCUACACGGUUUGAUGACCGCAUCGCUAGAUGGGAAGUGAAUGGUGCUGGAUUCAGUCAUAGUCACCAGCAUGGUUUUGGGUUGCUUAACGCCUGGAGGAUGGUUAAUGCUGCAAAGAUCUGGGAAUCCGUGCCGUUCCUCAGCUCUUAUACCAGUCCCCUUGAGACAGAGGCCAAGCUCAUCCCCUUACAUCCCCACAAGCUGGAAAUUACCUGGAACGUAACCACUGAUGACUUGAACUUAUCUGGCAUGAAGACCCUGGAACAUGUGGCAGUGACAGUGACCAUUGCACACCCAGCUCGGGGCUCCCUGGAACUGACCCUAUAUUGUCCCAGUGGGAUGUCUUCACUCAUCGGAGCCAAACGCAUCAUUGACACGGAUGCCUCAGGCUUCACCGAUUGGAUGUACUCUACUGUGCGUUGCUGGGGUGAGAAGGCAGAAGGUGUCUACAAGAUGAUUAUUGGUGAUUUAGGUUCGCUGACUCCUUGUGUUCUUUUAUCAUUUGUGGGAUGUGGGUGUCACUGA